CACAUCAAACAUCCAAUAGCUGCGUAGCUCGGACUGUCGCUCUCCUGUGAUUGGUUGCUUGUUUGCUAUAUAUUCAUCCCAGUGUGUUUCCUCGACCUCUUUCUUUCACGCGACCCUACAGUACGCAGUACUACCUUGUCUUUAAACCAGCUGCUUAGCGAUCCUUGGAAGCACUGCAAAGAUGCCCAGGGAAGACAGGGCCACGUGGAAGUCCAACUAUUUUAUGAAAAUCAUCCAACUCCUGGAUGACUAUCCAAAAUGCUUCAUCGUGGGGGCAGACAAUGUCGGCUCCAAGCAGAUGCAGACCAUCCGUCUGUCUCUGCGAGAGAAGGCUGUAGUGCUAAUGGGUAAAAACACCAUGAUGCGCAAAGCCAUUCGUGGUCACCUGGAGAACAACCCUGCCUUGGAGAAACUCCUGCCCCACAUCAAAGGAAAUGUGGGCUUUGUCUUCACUAAGGAGGAUUUGGCAGAGGUCAGGGACCUGCUGCUGGCCAAUAAGGUACCUGCUGCUGCUCGUGCUGGAGCCAUCGCCCCUUGUGAUGUGACUGUGCCUGCCCAGAACACUGGUCUGGGUCCUGAGAAGACUUCUUUCUUCCAGGCUCUGGGUAUCACCACCAAGAUCUCCAGGGGAACCAUUGAAAUCUUGAGUGAUGUCGCCUUGAUCAAGACUGGCGACAAGGUUGGUGCCAGCGAGGCCACACUGCUCAACAUGCUGAACAUCUCGCCCUUCUCUUAUGGGCUCAUCAUCCAGCAGGUGUAUGACAAUGGCAGCGUAUACAGCCCUGAGGUGCUUGACAUCACAGAGGCUUCUCUGCAUGCUAGAUUCCUGGAGGGGGUGAGAAACAUUGCUAGCGUGUGUCUGGAGAUUGGCUACCCCACUUUGGCAUCCAUUCCUCACUCUGUCAUCAAUGGCUACAAGAGAGUCCUGGCUGUCGCUGUUGAAACAGACAUCUCCUUCCCCUUGGCAGAAAAGGUAAAGGCCUACCUGGCUGACCCAUCUGCAUUUGCUGCAGUUGCUGCCCCUGCUGCAGCAGCAGCUGAGACUGCAGCAGCUCCAGCUGCUGCUAAGGAGGAGGCUAAGGAAGAGUCUGAGGCAUCAGAUGACGACAUGGGCUUCGGUCUGUUCGACUAAACUACACAGCGAACAAGACGAUUCAAUAAAGAUCUCUCAACCUA